AUAAAAUAAGUACAAUUCUUCAAGGUGCUGGAGAUCAACAUAUACAAAUAAUUGAAAGAAUAGGAGAACAACAAAAAGAAUUAAAAAGGAAAGAUGUAGAAAUAGCUCAAUUAAAAAAGGAAAUGGCUCAACAACAAAGAGGAGAAGGUGAUUGUUUAAAAGAAGAAAAGUUUGAAAAUAAUAUUAAAGAGCAAUUAUCAAAAAUGACCAUAGAUCUUAAUAAAAAAGAUGAUCUUAUAUUGAAAUUAGAAGGGCAACUUGAAGUAUUUAAAAAUGAGUUGUCCAUAUAUGAUAAAGAUUGUAAUACAUUAAAAAAAGAGAACAAAAAUCUAGAAAAUAUAAAAAAUAGAUUAUCAAAAGAAUGUCAACAAAGCAAGAAACAAUUAGUAAUGAAAAACAAACAAAUUAAAAAUUUAUCACAGAAAGUUCAUGAAUUCCUUGAAACUAAAAAUUUAAAUACUGUUUUGGAAAAUAAAAUUAAAGAAAUAGAAAAAAGGUAAUAUUUAUUUUGUUUU